CUCACGGCGUCCUGCCUUGCCCGGCGCCCGCGACGAUUGUCGCUGUGGGAGGAGGCUUAGGGUUGGUGGCUGGGCGUUCGGGGCCGGAGCCCCCAGCCCUCCCGAGCAGGGUCGUGGAAGCUGCGCUGAGCCGGCGGUGUUUGUGUGUGUCCGCCCAGAGAUUCAUGGAGAACUGCCUGGCGGCGGCCGCGCUCAACGGGGUGGACCGACGAGCCCUGCAGCGCUCGGCCAGGCUGGGCCGGGAAGUGCUGGAGCGCGCCAAGAGGAGGGCGGUGGACUGGCCUUCGCAGGAGCGUCCCCGAGGCGGCUCGGGGGCCCUUCCCCAAGCCGCGACCCCGGCCGCCUGCCCCCUGCACCUUGUCCAGGAAGAGAGAGAAGAGAGGUUCCCGACCCUUAGUGCUUCCUUCAGAACAAUGGCUGAAUUCAUGGACUAUACAUCAAGCCAGUGUGGGAAAUAUUACUCAUCUGUGCCUGAGGAUGGAGGGACAGCCCACGUCUGUCGUUACCACAGACGGAAGCCAAAGCUGCACGUGUGUUCGGAAGCGGGGGACAGUGAGGGGAAAGACAGAGACGAGAUGGCCCUUGGUCCUGGAGGCAUCCGCCCAUCACCAGAGCAUACCCUGCAGCCCUCCCAGUCGGCCACGGACACCUCUAAGGACCUCUACAUAGAAGUGUUCCCAGGGACCUAUUCUGUCACCGUGAGCUCAAAUGCCUUCACUGGGAAGACUCACGUGGUCGCGGUUGAUUUGGGACAAAGUGUGGAUUUGGUCUUCCCCGUGUGAUGUUGACUAUCACUGCCCUUUUAUUUUUAAGGAACAAGAAGAAUAAAGCCAUGGUAUGACUCUC